UGGAGUGUGUGUGGAGUGGGAGGACUCUGUCAGCAGGAAGAGGACUGAUCGUGUCUCCGUGGACUCUGCGCUUCGCUCCAGUCGCGUCUCUUCGCUCUCGCUGCGGUUUUUAUUUUCUCUGUGUUUUUGUUUCGGACUUUUGGACCAAAGCUGCUCAGAUGGCGACUAAGUACUCAGAUCUGGAGCUGGCCAUCAACUCGCUGGUCACAGAGUUUCACAGCGCUGCAGACAACAAGCCGACCAUGAACACCUCCCAGUUCCAGAGCCUGCUCUCCAAACAGAUGCCUGCGAUCGCCAAGACGAUGGAGGGCGAGGAAGGUCUGGGUAAGAUCCUGCAGCAGAUGGGCGUCCAGAGCGGGCAGAACAUCUCCUUCGAGAACUUCUGGAAUCUGAUCAACUCACAGGCCGGCCAGCUGUUCGACACCAUGCACAAAGAGAAGAACGUCAAGUGCAACUGCAUCCUGCAGUGACCAGACCAUCACCACCAAAAACCUGAGCCUGGAAACACCACCACCCUGCCCCCCCUCGGUCUCUCUGCCCUGGCCACAGGGGGGCGCUGCAGAAUCACAGUCAGAAAGGAAGACACACAGGAAACAAGAAGAGUUUUACCAGCCAUAUUCAAACUUUGUUUGAGUUACAGUCACGUUACAACCUGCAGGAGUCUGAGGUACAGAGGACCAGGCAUGACUUCAAAUUACACUAAUGAAUUAAUGAACCUGUAAAUCAGACCAACAAUUAAGUCAAAGGUUCAUUUUAAACAUGCAAAAGUAAACAAACUCGUUUACAAAUAUUAAUUAAAGCUGCAGAAAACGUGAGAAAUAAACAAAAAUUCAAAAAUGAAAAAAAAAAGGAGAUUGAUUUAGAAAGUUAAAAGAAAUGAAACACAUUUACAUACAUUUAUUAAAGCUGCAGAACAAGUGACCCAGAGAAAGACUAAAGUUAAACUAAAUUAUUUUAAAGAUUAAAUCUGCUAUGGAAUAUUUUGAUGCAUUUAUUUAAGAAAAGGAGACAAAUAAAUAAAAAUAAAAAAUAGAUUUGCAAAGAAAAAAACAAAAUUCCCUCAAAAAACUAUGAAAAAUAUUGAAAUACUUUUAUAUUUUAGAUACAGACCAAAAGUAUAAAUGAAAAUGAAGCUUUAUGUAGUAAAUUUGGGAGAUUAAUAUAAUACUGAAGGUAGAGAAGUCAUGUUUGUUCCUCGUACACAGACUCUUAACGGACUCGUUAUAGAUUCACAUAUCAAAGCAUUUUAAUUGAAUUUCUAACUGAGGGGAAAGUUUACAGAAUUGACUUCAAGCGUUAAAGAAAUUUAUAAAAACAUGACACUAGAAGGUUUUUACCAAUAAAGUUUUAAAUAUAAUCCAUCCCUCUUCCCACCUGUUCAUCUCAUGAAUAACGACGUGCUGUUUUGAUACUAACUCCUGACUUUUAUAUUCGGUCUGAACGUCACUGAUGUGUGUUGUUGUUUUUUUUUUGUUUUUUUUCAUGGUAAACCCUCCGAUCAUCUCGACUCUGAUCAGUGUUUGUUAAUAAAUGUGUCCCUGCUUUUGAUUUUAA